UGGUGGUUUAACUCCAAGGACACGGUAAUCCAGAGGGCUAUAUAACCCUUCUGAUAUUAUUAGUGUGAAAGUGACUUUGUGAAAGGACGAAGGGUAGUUGAAUUCAGUGAUCACAUUGAAGAUUUGGGUUCAAUAUGAAGGAAGAUAUUGGUGGUGUUUCAGUUAAAAUGGAGGGUGGUUUGAUGGAGCAGGGUGGAGAUCGAGUUGGACAUGUUAACAAGGUUAGUUGUGUCAAAAGGGUCAUUGUCAAGAAGAGGAAACCUUACAAUCGCAGGUGUAAUCAUAAAAAGGCAGUGUCUAAAGUCCCAAAGGCGCUUCAGGAGCUGUUUGUUUCAUGCAGGGAAACAUUCAAGGGCCUUGGCACUGUUCCUUCACCUCAAGAUGUUCAGAAACUAUGUCACAUUCUUGAUAACAUGAAGCCAGAAGAUGUUGGGCUAAGAUCAGAUCUGCAGUUCUUCAAGCCUGAAAAUAUUGUCAAAGAGAACCAAAGGGUCACAUACACUACCAUACAUAGGUGUGAGAAUUUCUCACUCUGUAUCUUUUUCCUACCUGCAAAGGGAGUCAUUCCCCUCCACAACCACCCAGGAAUGACUGUUUUCAGUAAGCUUCUAUUGGGUCAAAUGCACAUUAAGUCUUAUGAUUGGGUUGAUCCUGAGGUGUCUCACAAUUUGUUGCACCAACAACCAUCUCAGUUGAGAUUGGCUAGGCUAAAAGCUAAUAAUGUGUUCACAGCACCCUGUGAUACUUCAGUGCUGUAUCCAAAAAGUGGAGGCAACAUCCAUGAAUUCACAGCUAUAACUCCAUGUGCUGUGCUUGAUGUCCUUGGGCCUCCUUAUUCCAAAGAAGAUGGCAGGGAUUGCUCCUACUACAGAGAUCACCCUUAUGCUGCUUUUCCAACUGCAGAUGGAGAGAGUGCCAAGGCGAAAGAAGAAAAUGAUAGUUUUGGAUGGUUGGAAGAAAUUGAGAUGCCAGAAAACUCUCAAAUGGAUGGAAUUGAGUACCUGGGUCCUCCAAUUAUAGAGAGUGCCCUAUAG